AUGAUUUCCAUGGACUCGAAUUUUUUUCUCGAUCAAGUCGAGCUGCCUCCAGGAAGACACAUCUUCGACACCCUUCUCCAUGAGUGCCUGCACGCUAUCCUUGCCCUCUACUGUCAUCGAGACCCAACGACUAGUCCUCCCGGCAUCUUUCCAGCUACCGGAAUCGAGAGACUUGGCUUAACCGGACAUGGAAGCAUAUGGACGGAGCUUGGCUCGCAUGUCGAAUUCACUGCUCAAUGCUUUCUCAACCGGGACAUUGAUCUCGGUCUCGCAGAAGGCGUCCUUCACGAAGCUAGAGUUUCGGGCCAGGUUCCCAGCGUUAAGUCCACAUUACGUUGGCAUGGUGAAUCGCGAGAAGAAAUCAUGACGAAGUACAGACAGCUUGCUGCACGUAGAAUAGCAGAUAUCAAUGCUGCCAAGGCAACUGGUCCUUUUUUUUUUGGCAGCUUGAAGGGAUGUAUGCUUCGUUGA